AUGGCUGGGAGCGACGGACAGGUGCAGGUGGCCCUGGGAAAGGCAGAAAUCGAUGACCUGAUUGGCAACUCACUCAAGUCAGGAGACACAGAAGAGCACCCCUAUUUUUUGCAACAGAAUAAUAUAUACUGGGAAACGGGCCACCGAACGUACAUUCCUUUUUUUCAUUUCCUGAUUCAUAAGUACACCAACAAGAUAGUAGACGACCAGAUCCGGAAGUUCACCAAGAGCAUGCAGAGCGUGCACCACACUCCCUUCGUAUUUCACAAGGAAGGCUAUUUUAGAAAUUACUACGCCGAUCCUGACGUCAACAUGGUUUUCCACCUAAAGAAGAGACCCAACUUUGUCUUUAACUCCACGGGCACCUUGAAUUCGUACAACCUCCUAGAGAGCAACUGCUCCUACGACAAGCCCACGUGCAUCUUCAACCAAGUCGUUAUGAGUGCCUUUAAAAUGGAUUUGAAGAACGUCCUGGAGGGCGCUGUGCAGUGA